AUGAUAGGCGAAGCUGCUGCUGCCAAGCUGGAUGCCAUACCGAUGUCUGACAACACCAUCCAGCGCCACAUCUCCGACAUGGCAGAUGAUGUGAAGGAGCAGGUGCUGGACGCUAUCCGUGAGAGCCCUUUCUUCUCCAUUCAGCUGGACGAGUCCACCGAUGUGGCUAACUGUGCAACGCUAAUGGUGUAUGUGCGCUUUAUUAAAGAGCUCAAUGUCCAGGAGGAGUUUCUGUUUUGCCAUCCUCUGCCGGCGCGCACUACAGCAGCAGAAAUCUUCAAGGCUUUGAAUGACUUCAUUCAGGAACAUCAUAUUGACUGGAGCCGCUGUUGUGGAAUAUGUACUGAUGGUGCGAGGGCAAUGACAGGCCGCCACAGAGGUUUAGUAAAACAGGUGCAAGCUGUCGCUGUUUGGUCACACUGUAUUAUCCAUCGCCAGGCCUUGGCAACCAAGAGGAUGCCAAAAGAGCUGCACACGGUCCUGGAUGAGGCAGUAAAAAUUGUAAACCUAAUUAAAUCACGCGCCAUGAAUGCCCGUCUCUUCUCUAUUCUCUGCAAUGAGAUGGGGGCUCACUUCCAUCAGCUACUCCUGCACUCCGAGGUCUGGUGGCUGUCACGGGGCAAGGUCCUCACCCGCUUGUGUGAUCUGCGCGAGGAAGUCCUCCUCUUCCUCGCCGAAAUCGACUCCCCACUGCUGAAGCAUAUGGAGGACGCAAAGUGGGUUGCAAUGCUGGCAUAUCUGUCUGAUAUCUUUGACUGGAUAAACACACUGAACACUUCUCUGCAAGGCAAAGAGUGCCAUGUCUUUUUGGCACACGAUCAAGUCUCUGCAUUCAGGAAAAAGUUGGACCUCUGGUGCACUCGUGUUGAACGGGGCUCGGUGGAAAUGUUCCCAAUCUUGGAGGAUGUUGUGGAGCAAACAGGACUGCAACUGAACUGUGUACAACAGGUGGUCAUUCCCAAUUUUAAGGGGUUGCGUGAGCAGUUUGGAGACUUUUUGGGAGAGGAGACCUUGGCAAAUCAAUGGGUGAGAAAUCCGUUCUCUUUCCCAGUGACACUCCGUGAUGGACUGACCCUGCAAGAGGAGGAGGCCCUUGUCGAGCUGAACUCUAAUAUGGACUUGAAACAAAAGAUGGGUGUCACUUGCACACUUCUGGCCGUCUGUGGAGACUGA